AUGGCGGCGGCGCUGGGGCGGGCGGCGGGACGGGCCCUGCCGGGACGGGCCCUGCCGGGACGGGCCCCGGUGCUCCGGGUCCCGCCGCUCCCGGCCCCGCCGCUCUCGGCCCGCGGCUGCGGACACGCGGCGGGGUGGGACCGGCGGGAGCGCUCCUACUGGCGGGCGCUGCGGCGGCGGGUGCUGGGCCCGCCCGUGCCGCCGUUCGCCGCCCCGGUGCAGGUGGGAGCGCCGGUGCUGCGCGGCGCCGCCGCCGCCGUGUCCCCGGAGCAGCUGGGCGGCCCCGAGCUGCGGCGGCUGGCGGCGGCGCUGGCGGCAGGGCUGCGGGGCCGGCCGUGCCUGGGGCUGAGCGCUCCGCAGCUCGGGGUGCCGCUGCGGGUGUUCGCCGCGGAGCUGCCGCCCGCCCGCUGCGCCCGGUACCCGCCGGCGCUGCGCCAAGCGCACCGCAUCGAGCCCUUCCCGCUCCGCGUCCUCGUCAACCCCGCGCUCCGCGUCCUCGACAGCCGCCUCGUCACCGGCCCCGAGGGCUGCGCCAGCAUCCACGGCUUCUCCGCCUACGUCCCGCGGCACUGGGCCGUCCAUGUCUCCGGUGUGGAUGAGCUCGGGGUGCCGGUGAGCUGGGAGGCCUCGGGCUGGGCUGCCAGGAUUGUCCAGCAUGAGGUGGACCACCUGGACGGGAUCCUCUACAUCGACCGCAUGGACCCCCGCACCUUCACCAACGUGGGCUGGAUGGAGCUGCUGGACUGACCCUGGUGAAAGAACCAGCACAGCUCUGGGGGCUCCCACUCAGCUUUAUUGUAGCCAAUACAGACCUGUGGCCUCA